GCGAAGAUAACGUCCAAGUACAAAAACCGAAAGUCAAUGAGGCCAAUCACCUCCCUUGGUCGUGUUAGUGCCCCUAUAGAAUGACGAGUACGUAUAAAGAUUCAGCCACUGCAAGCCUAAAGGAUGAGGAAGAGUUCACGGAUAUAUUGGAGGAGAGGAGGCGCACCACUGAUCUUGGUUAUGCCCUGAGAACCUUUAACCCGCAACCGUACAAAGGAGCCCCAACCCUUUCCACCUCUGACCUCAACAAAGCUGUACUGGAGUCCCAGUAUCUGUGCUAUAUUAUCAAAGAGAUUGCCAUGGAGACGGGGUCAUCUGUGGAGAAGGUGAAAGAAGAUGCUUCUAGGAUUUUGAAGGAAAUGUCUCACAAUCUGCAGCUGGGGUUUAUCAGGCUAAUGGGCUACACUCUAAACAAGGUGUUCAAGAGACUCUACAGGAGCAUCUAUGUCAACAUGGAAGGACUCAACAUGCUGCAGCAGGCCAUCCAGGAGAGUCCUGUGAUCUUGAUACCCAAUCACAGGAGUUAUGUGGACUUCUUGAUUAUAUCCUACAUCCUGUUCACCUAUGACAUCCCAGUACCUGUCAUUGCUGCAGGAAUUCGUCUUGCAGAUGUGGCGAUUAUUGGAGGGCUUCUGCGUCGCUCUGGAGCUUUUUAUAUCCGACGAGCAAUCGGCUCUGACAAGCUGUACUGGGCGGUGCUUUUAGAAUAUGUACAAACAAUUGUCAGGACAGGAUAUGCUCCUUUGGAGUUUUAUGUAGAAGGUUUCAGGAGUCGCACACUGAAGUCUCUAGUGCCAAAGCUUGGUAUGAUGGACAUGGUGCUGGAGCCAUACUUUAAAGGUGAGGUGUUUGAUAUUACCCUGGUGCCCAUCAGUAUCAGCUAUGACAGAGUGCUGGAGGAGUCAUUGCUUGCACUUGAGUUGUUGGGUGUCCCCAGACCAAAAGAAAGCAUCACCGGACUCUUUAAAGCUAGCGGAGUCCUGCAGGAAGAUUAUGGCUGCAUGCAUGUGAACUUUGGCCGCCCCCUGUCUGCCCGACAACUGUGUGAAGGAAAGAUAAAUUGGAGCGAGUACAACCUCAUACCAAGAAAUCUUCCCCAGAGGCCAACUGCAGAGACCCAGGACUGUGUGAACUGGCUGGCUCAUUUGAUUGUACGAACCCAGGAGGAGGGCUCUUUGAUCAGCCCUUGGUCUCUGAUGGCCUGCCUGUUGCUCCAGACUCCAUUCACAACUUUAACGGAAGAGGGUCUGCAGUGGCAUCAGCUCACAGAAAAAACCCUCUGGCUCAGGAAGCUGGUGCUGGAUUUCGGGGCCCGUCUGAACUGGCCUGCACACAUCCCAGACUCAGAAGUGAUGUCAUCCACCGUGGCUCUUCAUCACUCCAUUGUCCAUCAUAAAGAGGACCGUAUCUACCUGGUUCAGGAUGAAGACCCUGCGAGGCAAGAUCCACUGAGCCCAGAGGAAGGUGUGAUGAGGAUGGCGGUAGUGGUGCUGAUGCUGGUUUCCUACAGGAAUCAGGCAUUGCAUGUCUUUGUGCGUCCAGGAAUACUUGCUACAGCCAUCCACAUCACAAAAAACACACGGAAGGAUGAGCUCUUCAGCUUUUUCUGCUUCCUGCAGGACGUCUUCUCCAAUGAAUUUAUCUUUAUCCCUGGCAGCGCAGUGCAGGACUUUGAGGAGGCAUGUUCACUCCUGCAGAAAUGUGGAGCAGUCCACAUCAGUCAGCAGGAAGUGACCGUGUUGGAAACGGGGCUGGAAGUUUUAUCCUUUCUGCAGAAGCUGCUGCAACCCUUCUUAGACUCAUAUCAGCUGAUGUUCAGGUACUUGUGUGAAAAGGAAGAUCACGUGUUUACUGAGGAACAGUUCCUACCUGAUGUCCGAAACCUGGCUACAAAACUCAUCCUCUCAGGUGACCUUCGCACCUUUGAAGUCCUGUCUUCUGACACACAGAAAAAUGUUCUUUCUGCACUGCGGAGACUGGAGGCGGUGACGAAGUUGAGGGUGUCCCAGCAGAAGGAAUACAAAGUGAACAAAGCAGCUGUCAGCAGAACUGGUGACAUACUCUCUGGGAAAGUCCCUCUUGAGAGCCUGCACACUACACCUGACGCAAGGCUUCAGUGUCAAGUGGAAUAAAUUCAUCCUCAGUAUCAGCUCACAGCCCCCUCCCCAAUGAACUUACCCGUCUAUUCGCUACUUCUACCUCAUUGUCAUCCCUGUGGUCUCUUUUAUCUUUACACAGUCAAAUCGGUACAAAUACAGUCUGUGCUCACAGGCAAAAUACUUGAUCCUUGAUGCCGGCCAGACUUAAUCUACUGAAUGGUGGCUAACACUCUGUCCUUUAUAGACCUGAGAGGACUGAGAUGAAGCUAAACGCCCUGCAGGAUAAAUACUGGUAAUAUAAAGGUGGCCUAUUACUGAUUUUGUUUCACUUUAACCAAAAUCAGUAGGUGAAUACUAACAUUUAGGUUAAGAUAACUGUACUUUCCAUUGCUGAUCUUGUGGGGUUUUUUUUUAUAUAUAUUGCCAUAGAUGUAUUGUUUACUUCCAUAGAUGACUAACUGAGAAAAUUAAUAAGAGAGCACUUUAAUUAAACUUGGUUUCCAAUAAGAUUUGGCAUAAAACACUUGGUUGUAUGUAAAAGAAUGUUGCAAUAAGGCUCUAAACACCAUAAAAAGCAAAGAUCUCA